UGUACGUCAACCGUCCUCGUUUACCACGUCGACGACCACCUCGCAAACACAAUCUUCUAUCACUCCUUCCGACUACUCUCAUUCAGAACUCGGGUACGACAGCGAUAUCAGACCCGAAGGCUCUACCCGACAGAGACCGACCAGGAUUUCGAUGAAUACUAUGUCAUGGACUCAGAAUAUCUCAGUGCACAAUCUACUGCCUUCUCGUAUCCACCACACCGCUCUGUGCAUACCCUUUCGCCGCAUACGAGCUCACUUGCGCCUACCGACUCCGAAGCGAAACCAUAUUCAGAUGCAUCUGAUGAACAGGACUAUUAUUCGUCGGACACCGAAGGUGAUCCCCAAUCUAGGACCGUAUACAUCGAGGAUGGCUCAGACUUGGAUCUGGAAUCCACAAACGAUGGCGACGGUGCCAAUAUGACCAAGGACGCGGAUGAGGAGGAAGUGAUGCCCACUUUGGGUUUCCAAGAGACGCUCGACUUCUUGGCUGAUGAACGGGAGAAGCUGACUGCCCAGCGUGACGCAGGAGGCGCUGGUCAAUACAACGGGAGACUGGUGUCUCUGGCCGCUGCAGCAGAACCUCGCCGGAAGCGUCGUCGCAGGAGAACGAAAACGCCUCGCGCCCAAUCCACAGGGCCUUCCACUCUUUCUACCACCGUUACCAGCGCGACACCGAAUGAAUCAAUGACUACGACUGCGGAUCACGAUCCAGAUCAGGACGCGGACGAGUCGUCUUCCUCUUAUGAUCGAUACUACAGCACCACAAGCAAUCCUAAUGACAACGCUUACAAGUCUACUCCCGGAACGCCUGCUCGUCGGGGACGACAGCGGCAGAGCCGUCUGCGAAGCACCAAAUCGACGCCUCAGUUGCGGAUCCCUGCUGAGAGACCGGAUGAUAUGAGGUUAGGGACGCAUAGACUCUUCGAUGAGCAUGAUGUGCCUCGUGUGAGACAGAUGAAAAGUUUGAUGAAGAAGUUGUGCCAGUUAUUUCCUGAGGACCGGGAGUACUUGAAGCAAGUGAGCUUAAAGACAAUGGAAUCACCGGAGAUCAUUUCUCCCGGACCAAUAGAUCAUGAUGGCGUCGAAGAUCUUCUUGGAGGAUUUGUUGAUACGCGGGGACCUCCACCCCAACAAACCAAUGAACGAUUAAUUCAUGUAUUUGUAGAUCAUUCGAACAUUCUCAUAGGAUUGUUAAGUUUCCUGAAACGUUACCCAAACCGACACCCCCAAGCCCGACUUACAUCUUCAAUAACUAAGCUCCGUCGACAUCUCUCGCACUCGGCCCUAUCCCUUAUACUUGAACGUGGGCGUCCAGUAUCUCGCCGUGUGCUCGUUGCAUCCUCCCCUCUGUAUCAGCGCUUAGAAGGUGCUAAUCAACUGGGUUAUGAGGUUAGAACACUCGCUCGGGUACCUGACAUGGGUGACGGAGCGGACAAGAACUCAGAUUCGCGGGCAAAGUCCGGGCACAUACGAAGCCAGAGCGGUGGUUCUGGCAUUGUUGUCGGUGGAACGCCGGCUUCUGCGCCCAAUGCCGGGAUCAUUAUUGGUCAGGGAGGAAGGAAGAUGGAACAUCUGAGGAGGAUUUCAGGGAGUACGUCAACUGAAAGCGAGCAAGGUGGUGGGGGAAGUGGUUCGGGUAGCGCAGGCGCGUUAUCGCAGGUUUUGUUGAGAAGCCUUGGACCAACUGGCCUGUCCAUCUCGCCGCCUGGCCAGUUGUCUCUGGUUAUUCCAAAUUCGCAGGGAAAUACGCCUCCCGCACGGAUUCGCUAUCGAGAACAGGGAGUUGAUGAGUUGCUGCAGCUUAAGUUGCACCAAGCGCUGGCGUCGAUCGAUGGUCCGCCCCCGCCCGGAAGCACGAUUAUUCUGGCCACUGGAGAUGGCAAUGCAGGGCAGUUCAACGAAGAUGGGUUCCUAGGUACAGUGCGAACUGCGCUGAAGAAGGGCUGGAGAGUUGAGCUGUAUGCCUGGGAAGGCGGUAUGAGUAAGGCGUGGAAGAGGGAAUUUGGCGAGGGUAGCGAAUGGGGGAGCGGUCAGAUGUUUAAGAUCGUGGGAAUGGAGCAGUUCGGAGGUGAAUUGGUAGAGGUUUAUACGUAUGCUGCCGGUGGCAAUGGUGAGUGAGUACUGACAAGGAAGAGAAGAAAGGCAGUUCAGCUGUGUUACAACUCGGUGUCUAUAGUUGACGCGUCGGUCGCUUUGCUCAGCGACAGUCUUUCCUCCAUAAAAUUUAUAUAUCUGAUGGUCGCCCUUGCCUUUAUAUUCUUUAUAACAUCCGCGACAGUCAGUCGGUGUGCCACUGUCAGCUUACUAAGUGAUUUCGUUUCUGGCGUACUUUCCAAUGCAUUGAAAUAAGGACUUUGUCUUUGUCAGUAUGUCGGUGUAUGAGAAACAGACAUACUAC